AGUGGUUCGCUCGCACCUUAAGGCUUAUUCGCCUCUCGCCGUCUGUAGUCAGUCCGUUCUCUGUUCGUCGACAUCGGUCAACUACAAGCCGGUUGUAGUCGUCGUACUUUAACGCAAUAAACUUGAGAAUCCGAACGGAUUCUCCGGAGUUUCAGUAGUAUUAUCAUACUACAUUUUGUUUCGGAGCUUGAGUGUUGAAUAAAUGACACUAAUAAUCUUUAUUCAACUUCGUCACUUUUUAAGUUUUCACUGUGGGUAGUGGUCAUCCGGAAUAUUAUCAUUGUGCUUUUAGUUUUUUUUUAUUAAUAUAGUUAUCGUAUAAAUCUAUAAAAAUUAUGCGGCCAGAUCGGCGGAUGGCGCAAUACUUGGAUAUACGGGAAAUGCAAGAGUUGGAGACGUCACCGCCUAACCCAAUGGCAGCAAGCACAUCGAGCCACGAAUACAGAGAUAUCAAUAGCGAGGAAAAUGAGGAGGGUCACGGAGCCUUGGGUCGACAUGUUGUUGGCGUCAACAUGUUGUUGUCGUCGCUCGAGGACAUUGCAGCAGUGCAGAGAACAACGACGAUGCGUCCAUUGCCUUGCGAUUGUACAGAGGCUUUUUUAGAGGGGGAAUCAGACAUGGCAUCUACAAAUUAUGUAAGACCAGAAAGUCACUACAGCCACUUAAGGUACAGAGCACAACAUCCAACUACGCCAGAAAGAAAUAUCGCAGAAGACCCACCUAAUCAGCAGAAUGACAGAAGCGAGGAUACGAUUUCAAUUGACGAGACGUUAAACACUAUUUCUCAGAGAGCGGUGUCGGCCAUGUCUAGUGUGCCGUUACCAGUCCCCAACAGCGAGGGUUACUCUCCGAACAAGUUCAGAAACUUCACACACAACACAGAUACCAUGACGCACAGUCAUAUACAGCCUGCACUAGACAGAAGACGACUUCGUGACCUAAACAAAACAUUGUCGAGAUGUCCUCGAGCUAAGGAUGUGGCUAACAGAGUAAUCAGAUAUGCUCGUGCUCUCUGUCUUAGAAAUACGUUCCAAACGCAAAUGUCUUGUCUGAACUGCGGUUUACUACCUCUACAUCCAAUCACUGGACAAUGUGGACAUACGCGAUGUUCUGAAUGUACGUUAGAAAAUACAACGUGUCCGUGCGGGAGCGUUUUUUCGGAGCCGUUCCACGUCAAUAUUAUGAUACGGGAUCUAAUAGCAAAAUCUAAAUUCAAUGAAAACUCGUCAAGUAAUCGUGUGCCGACCAAAGCCAAAGAAAAUGAUGACCCCGAUGAACCGUCGCCCAAACUGCGAAAGACAUUGAGUGGUUCAAAACGACGCCGGCGCGAGACAAAAGUUGUUUACCCCAGCGGGGGUAAUCAGCGAGUUCCCAUGUCACCUCGGGCGCGGUACAACUAUGGACUGGAGCUGCUGCAGCAGGGAAGGCGGCGCGAGGCCGUGCCGUAUCUUGCUCUCGCAGCGGCUGCUGGUCACCCAAACUUGAGAUUGGCAAGACCAUUACUGGCUCAGGCAAUAUCCACAUUUAACAAAGACCCAAGGGUUCUAAUUCCACACCUGAAUCGUUCCGUGCGGCGGUUGUGCUCGAUGUCGUGGAUCAAGCCGACGGACAUGGAGUGUAUAUUGUGUUGUUCGACGUUCACCGACCCCGUCACUACCCCUUGCGGGCACACGUUCUGCCGUAUCUGUCUGGAACGCACAAUGGACUACAGGAAGCGCUGUCCCUUAUGUCUGCGCACUUUGAAUAACUUUAUGCUCUCCCUGACUAUGAAUACUGUGUUCGUGGAGGCAGCGCUGAGGAGUAUAAACGCCAUUGUGCUUCCUGAACCACCGGAGCCUGAUCUCAUCCCUAUAUUUGUCUGUACUGUCGCUUACCCAUCUGUGCCAUGUCCGCUUUAUAUCUUCGAUCCACGGUACUGGCUCAUGAUCCGACGUGUGCUGGAAUCAGGCUCAAGAAAAUUCGGUAUGGUGACUUGCGACAGAGGACAGGAUUAUACCGACUAUGGAACGAUACUGGAAGUGCGGGACUGCGUCCAUUUUGAAGAUGGCAGGUCUAUUCUGUCAACCAUCGGAUUAACACGAUUUAAAGUGAUUGAAAGGGGAGUGAGAGAUGGAUUAGAAGUGGCACGCAUCUUACCAAUUCAAGACAUUUGCCCAGACAAUGAGAUGGAGGUGUUGGCGUAUAGACUGCUAGGAAACCGAAUAAUAUUGAGAGCCUUGCUAUGGCUGAGUAGCUUGGAUAGUGAAGUACUACAGGACAUUGAGACUACAUUCGGCACUCUGCCAGAAAAUGAUAUCAAUGACGAAUGGUGGUCCACUUCUGACGGCCCAGCGUGGCUCUGGUGGCUAGUAGCCGUCUUGCCGCUAAGGCCUGAAAUUAAGGUACUAAUUCUGUCCACAAACUACCUCGUCAAGCGGAUGAUGGCGGUGGCGCGAACGCUAGAAGCAGUCGAGCAAGUCUCGCUUACCUCGUCCAGACGGUGUCGGCCUCCAAUUUCCGACACUCCAAGUGCCAAUCAUGCAAGAAGCGGUGAAAGCGCCUCAUAAGUCCACUUUACAGUCUAUUUACAAUAAUUCAAAUGGAGCUGAUAAUAUAUUUUAAACAUUUUAUUAUGUCUCCUAGACAUUUUAGAAAUUAGAACAGCUUGAAAAUUUCAACUUUAUGAUAAAAGCUCUACUAAUUUCAAGUCACGACGGGGCUCUUAUUUUUAACAACGUGCAUAGCGCGACUGUUAUUUUUUAAUUAGGUUAUCGAGUCGCGACAAUUUUACAUAAAUAAUUGUAAAACGGUUUAAUUUGGUAAAGUCAUGAUUAGACUUAACUGAUUAUGUGGUGAAUGUAUGCUCCUAGACGCAAUGACUGGAGGUCUAUAUAUAGAAUGCCAGGUUAUCCCUGAUAUAACAUUCCUCUGGAUAAAUAUUAUUAUUUAUGUGUGUAGCAAAGCUACAGCUAGUAAGGAGUUAAUCUUUGACUGACUUCAUAAUUUUGAGACAACGUUGAUGGAGUAGUCGUCUCGAAGUCGAUUCACGGUUCGGUUGUCGUGACCAAUAAGAUAGUUAGUGUGAAACAUUUAAAGAAAGAGAUCUGAUUAAUAAUGUCUUGUACAAGAUACUGGGCAAUUGUGGUCCAAGCUUCGCCAACAAUGAAUGUUUACACUGUUUCUAUCAAUGCUCUAUGCGAAUUAUUGUACCACUAGUGUUAGUUUGUCCUGACUGGUACGUCAGAACCUUUAGUCGUCCACCGAAACUACUAUGUAGUUUGUAUUAUAUAUUCACGUAGAUAACCCAUUUCUUAACCUUUUUCAAUAACUAUAUACCAAUAUUUUUUGAAAUACUUAGUUCUUAUCCUACAGCAAUAUACUAUUUAAUACUAAUUAGUAGGUAAUGAUGGAACACCGCCAUAUUUCAUAGUUAUAUUUGAGUAACAGUUUUUGAUAACGAUUUACUGGUUCCACAUUCUUUAAUUAAUAACGACAGGGUAUAUUAUUAUAGUUCCCUAACGUCUGGUUCCUGAUACCAACUCAUUUCAUAAGUGUAUGUUAUUAGAUCUUAUAACCCUUUUUCAUGUAAAUAUAAUAUGUUAUCACUAAUAGUAGCAGUUUAAAGUCAAUGACCACAUUUCGAUUACAAGGACUUCUCAAUAAUUUUUGGUAAAAAUAAGGAAUCGGGCAUACAUAUAAGAUCAGUCGCUUGCCACCGGCGACUGAACCUCAAAUUUAAGUAAUUGCAGGGUCCUUGAAUGUGAUUUAAAAUCUUAGUGUAACCUUUCCUCAGAUAAGUAGAUAGAUUUUACUCUUGUAAUAAAAAUGGACCUUUAAAUUUUUCUACAAAGUUUGUCUAGAAGUACAUAUGUAGUUAUUUUUAUUAAUGUAUAUCUGUAACUUUGCAAUCUUUGUAAACAAUCACAUAUUGCUAUAAUGUCUGCUUUAAAUCACAGUAUUUAACUGCAAUAAUAUGUAUUAUAAAGUAUUUAAAAUGACAUUGACUGCUGUAUACAGUUUCGUAUAAUUUGAAACCUGAAUAAUCAUAGCAAUAACUAGCCUUGAUGUAUAAUACUUGCUAAUACUUUUUUAGAUAAUGAAAUGACACUGUAUUUUAUUCAAUUAAGAAGGUAGUUUUGAUACCUACGCACUCGUUUUUGCGUGUCCCUCAUGCAUAUAAUAAAAUAAUGUAGUUUACCAACUUCACGCGUCUACAUCUAUGUCAAUGUACCUACGCUAAAACUUCGGCGCUUCAAGCUUGGAACGAAAGAAGCAAUCCAACUCAUUUUCGCAUUUAUUUAGUAUACCUAAUAGUUAAGGUUUCUCGAUUGCUAUAAUUUACAGAUAAGAUAAAGUGAUCAGUAAUGUUACGUAAGAACCUUUUUUAAUGUGAUCUACUUUUAUUUUAACAGACGAAUAUUGAUUUAAGCGAUUGUUUACAUUGUGUGCAUCGUAUAAAUGUCUAAACAAUGGACUUGUAGAAGUGUAUCCCUUCGUAAGGUUACAAUACAUUCCACGCACUUGUUUAUUUACUUACUCUACAUGGUACAUAUUAAAAUAUUGCUAAUAGGAUACAGAUAGUUUAUUCAAUAGCAGUUUUUUCUGCUGUUUUUAGACGUAUCAUGUAGGGUAUUGAUUCUCCUCGUUGUACACAUUUAAUUAUCUGUUUUUGCAUUUUUUUUCUAUGUGCUUGGGUUUAUUGAAUUAUGCCUGAUUAACGCAUUGUAUUGUAUGCAAUUUUAUCAUGAUGCACAUUCCAAAGAAUGAUCCAUUCCAUCCGACUGUGCAUAUUUUUGUAUGUGUAAUUAUGUACCUAUUCAAUUCGUAGUUAACUAUGAUUGAUAACAACAGCUAGAAAAAUAUAAUUUAUAUAUUAAAUGUUUAAAAACGAGACCCUUUUAAGUUUAUGAACUUAAUAUUACAUAUAUUAAAAGUAUUUGGUAUUUUCCUGUUUGAUGUAAAUACUUAGUAUGGACAAGAUCUCGAAGAAACUUUUGUAAUAACUCUAUCAACAUAUUAAAGACAUGUCUGAUUUUCUAUAAAAGUAUAGACAUAUAAUUAAUCUAUAAAAUUAAGAUAAUGGGUGGCCAAUAUUCAAUAUUCCAAUGUAGUUCAUAAGAGUACACUACACUAUUUGUGUGUAAUAAAAAAAUGCAGAAAUUGAUAUUGCGGAGCCAAAAUCUCACAUUUUAACUUUCCACUGUUUUAUAUUUCAAAAGAAAAAUGCACUAUUAAAGCAAGUCGUUUAAUUAAGUACCUACAAAACAACAGACGGAAAAAGAAUAGUACAAUUUCAAUCAUAAAAGGACUUAAAAAUGACCUUAUCUACGUUCUUUAUGAUUAUAGUGACAUUAGGAUUAUUAUUCUAAAUUGUAAAUACUUUAAUAUUAAGAUAUACUUCAUUUCUCAGCAAUAUGUUAUUAUAAAAUUGUGUAGUAAGUAUAUGGAGUGAGUGACGAAGUACCUAUCUACUAAGUACCUAAAUGGACUGCGUACGCGUGCGUGCUGCAUACUGCGUACUGGACAAGAUUCUUGAAACUUAUUUAUAUGAACACAAUGUAUUAUUGCGAAUCUGAGCAAUCUACUUACUCAGCUAUCUAAACCUAAGGUUAUAAUUACUUUCUUUGAUACAAUUAUUGUAGCAAACGCAAAGUUAAGAUCUCAAAGUAUUUAGAAUAAGAGUUUGUUAGCAAUCGUGUUUUAAAAACUUGCUAUAUUUUUUUUAUACUACCAAUUAUCUAUUAAUGUUUAGGUAAAAACUUGAUUUAAGUUUAUUCGUUUACUACAAUUUCGUAAUUAAUAACUUUAUAUGGAACCUAAUCUCAGCUGAACGAGAUCGUAACAUAUAUAAUACGGUAACAAAUACCGUUCUUGUGAAUGUACAACUCAUAGUACGUAGUUGUUGAUUCCCUUUUUUAUACAGUAGUUUUGUACUCUUAAGUUGGUACAUAACUACUUGUUACUUGUACAGGGCAAAGAUGUCCUUAUAGAGCUGCUUCUACUAAGCAGCAUUGUUUUUUUAUAAUACUCUUAAAGUAUCCUAGUUUAAGUUGAAGUUUCUAAAUUGAACUAAAAUUGUGUUACCUGCAUUAGGUAUAUGAAAUAUAAUUUUUUUUUUGUUAUCCAAAAUACAAAUUGUAUUUUUUUGUUUAGACUUCUAUUCAUUUCGUAUUUUUGUCACUUCUACAGUUAUAUUAUAUUUUAUAUGUACUUAAUUACGUCAUUCCUUUGUUUAGAUUAAAAAAUGAUCUCAUUAUCAAUAGAUCAUUGUUUGGCUACUCGAAUAUUAACUACUCAUAUAGCAGUUUAUAUUUUUGUUACCAAUGAAAUAUAACUGGAUAGACACACACUCAGAGGUGUAAAGAUUAAUUUACACGAAUUUUAUUAAUAUUAAGUCCAUCUGAAAUAAGGAACAAAAAAGUAAGAAUCGAAAUAAGUAACUGUUAUUUGCUGAAUAUAAAGAAAUCAAUUUUCUUUAUAAUUUUCUUACGAGUUUUGAUCCGUCCAGUUGUACGGUAUAUAGAGUAGCCAACAAAAUUAAGAAAAUUAUGUAACAAUUAUGUUCAACAAAGCUGAAGUAGUUGCUGUGAUUGAAAUUACAUUAACAUUAUGCAUUAUUUUUAAACUUUCACGACUGCUUCUUUUUUUCGUUCGAUGACCAUAGGCUAGGCCCUUACUAUUGGCUAUCAUAACUAACGGAAAGUAUGAAAACAGUCCAAUUAUGUCUUUUACUUAGUUUGUG